AUGAACUGCCGCCCCACCGUCAACGCUGCUCCGAACCACUCGGCUCCUCCUCAAGAAAGCGAGAGCAACCUCAGAGCCCAUCCUCAACUCCCCCGCAACAAUGAAAGGGUUCAGUAUGGGUUGUCCAUGGUAGAACCGAGCCUCAAGGAUCUGUUAAACACCGCAGCCAGGAGGGGAGUGGCAUCCUCCGCUUUUUCUUACCGUCCUCUGCUGGACCAGGAGGAGCCCUGUCAGAGACCACUGGCGCCAACAACGGCACCUGGGGCAAUGCGAGCCAGAAGAUAUCCACAGCAGCCAAGACUUGCCACCAGGAGACGACCCUUGAGCGAUGUCCUUGAUGAAGCGCUCCGUACAUUGAGCUUUUGA